GCAGAAACACAUACAGAGCACGGUAAAGCUAACAGUACCAUUUCUGUGACCUUCAGGAUGAAGAUCCUUCAGUUCAAGAUGAAGAUGAUCAUCUCCACCCUCUACCUGAUCUCAGAAAAAUCAACUGCGCUACCAGAAAGUCCAAGCACAGCUGUGGAUCAGACUACAGCUACAACCUACUGGACCACAUCAACAGCAGCACUGCCAGCAGCAGAAACAUCUGCUCAACAUCUCCGUUCCUCUGUCAUCAUCACUGUAUGUGUCUGUGUGGCUCUGUUGCUGAUUGGAGGAUCAGCACUGAUUGUCCACAAAGUGAGGAACCACAUGAUACAGGUCUCAGCCUCGACUGGCCAGAGAACAGGCAAAAAUAAAUGGAUUAGAAUGUCUGUGAACUUCAGAAUGAAGAUCAUCUCCAUCCUCUACCUGAUCUCAGGCCCAGUGUGCUGCUCUGAUGUGUUUGGCUAUUCAGGAGGAAGUGUCACUAUAAUACCCGAUCUGCAAUGGGAUGUAAAUAAUACGAGAUAUAUUUGUAAGAUGGAACAAAGUGGCUGCCUAAAUAUAAUCAGGGACCAGACUCUGAGCAAGUCUGUUUUUAGUGGAAGAUUCGAGAUGUAUUCAAAUACAGCAGGCAACUUUAUAGCGAUGAUCAGAGAGCUAAACCCACAGGACUCUGCCGUUUACAGAUUUGGAGUUGGGAAUGAAAAGCAUAAGGACGUUGAGCUGACCGUUCAGAGUGAUUCUUGUUGUGGGGGAAUUAAAAGAAUGAAAGCUUAUCUGGGAGAGACGGUCACCUUCAAAUGUAGCUAUCCAUAUGAGUUCAAGACAAACAACAAGCGGUUAAUCAACCUCAACAAUCAAACUACUGUUAAAGUGAUAAUUUACACUCGAAAAGAGGCUCAGAAAAAGCACAAUGGCAGAUUCUCCAUCGUUGAUGACAGAAGCUCUAACGUCUUCAGUGUGAACAUCAGUGAUGUGAGAGAAGAUGAUGGAGGAGUUUAUCUGUGUGGAGUGAAGAGGACAGAGAAGUCAGUGGGUUAUUACAACUAUUUCAAAGAGAUUCAACUACGAGUUACUGAAAAACCAACUGCACUACCAGAAAGUCCAAGCACAACUAUAGACCCAACUACAGCUACAACCUACUGGAGCAAAUCAGCAGCACCAGCAGAAGCAGAAACAUCUGAUGAAGAACAUCUCAGUUCCUCUGUCAUCAUCACUGUAUUUGUCUGUGUGGCUCUGUUGCUGAUUGGAGGAUCAGCACUGAUCGUCUACAAAGUGAGGAACCACAUGAUACAGGUCUCAGCCUCGACUGGCCAGAGAACAGACAAAAAUAAUGAUGAUGAUUAUGAAAAUGUUCCACAUGGAAAGCGAUACGACAUCAGCAUGAUUCCAGUCCACCAGAGCCUAAACCCCAACACAUCAGAUUUAGUCUAUGAGAACCCUGAUCCAAACACCAACCAAUCAGAUUCUGACUAUGAGAACAUAGCUGAGAACACCAACCAAUCGGAUUUCAUUAAUGAGAAUGCGAACAUCAACAGCAGUGGAUGAGGGUAUUUCACAAAGCAGGGGUUCUCAGCUACAACAUAAGAACCCGUGAUAACUGCCCAUUAGAAAUGUCCUCUUCUCUUAUUGGUCAAAACUAGACUUUUGGUUCGAGUUGUCAGAUAAAUUUACCAAAGACCUUCAAAUUCAGGUCAAUUUGAACUUUCAAUAGUCUCAGUUUUCUCCCAGCCUUAUCUUAAAAAUAAAUGUUUGUGUUUGUUUUUUGGUUUAAUGGCCUGUUUUUAUCCAGUGUAACUGUACUUGUCUAAGAUUGCCACAAAGAGAAAGAAAUCAGGAAUAAUUUAGCUGGAGUUAAAUACAUAUACCUGCAAAAUUGAGAAGCCUUAUUGCUUUAUCAGUUAAAAUUAGUUACCUUUCUAAAACUGUUUUUGAAUACAUUGACAACUUCUUGUAAUUAAUUUUAAACUAUCAAAAGCCUGAUAUCUAGAUUUUCUCUGUCAGUAUGAUCUCUAGUUGUUUUGCUAUAUAUUGAGUGCAUUUCAUUUUCAAUAAACUUAAAUCUAUCCUG